GAAUGAGCGAAACGAAGAGAGAGAGAACGAACAGGAAGAGGGAAGGAGAAGGAGCCACUUGUCCGGGAGCCACUUGUCCGGGAGAAUUACUUUGGCACUGUGUAUCCUUGUAGCCAUGGGGUUGAUAACGGGACACUGGAGCUUACUUCUGUUUGUUGUGGUAGGCCUUGCUCUCCCGACCCUGCAGUCCCACGCAAGCCAUACAAUCACUAAGAGAGUGGACAGCACAGAAGACUCACCCAGCGGGCUCGGGGUGAAGGAGCAUUUUCAGAUUGUCACGCUGCACAAUAGACUGCGCAGCCGGGUCAACCCCAUGGCGGCCAACAUGCAAAAAAUGGAGUGGAGUGAGAAGCUGUCCCUUCUUGCCAAGGAAAGGGCAGUCUCCUGCUCUACAGAGCCCUCCUCAUUUGAUGCUCCACCACGUCACAUUGGAUGGAACAUCCAUCAAUCGGUCCACGCUGGCACCUCAUUCACUGAGGUCAUUAGCGCCUGGUUUGAGGAAGGGCGGGACUACAUGCACCUGAGCGGCCAAUGCAGAGAGAACAGCACUUGUCAACAGUACACACAGCUGGUGUGGGCCACCUCCAGUCUUGUGGGCUGUGCCAUCCAGCUGUGUCUGCAAGGAGCAGAGCGGCUCCAUGUGUUUGUCUGCGCAUACUCACCUGGGGGAAACUGGGAGGUGAACGGCCAGAUGGUGGUCCCUUACAAGGCUGGCUCCUCCUGCUCUCUCUGCACCUCUUCCAUGUCUGGCUGUUUCAGACUGUGGGAUCAUGUAGGAGGACUGUGUGAGACCCCCAGGAACCCGUGUCGUAUGAGCUGUGGUCCACACGGUCGUCUCAAUGUCUCCUCCUGCCUGUGUCUCUGUAGCCCAGGCUUUACCGGACGCUUCUGCCAGGUGCACUGCAGUGUGCAGUGUGUGCACGGCCGCUACAAGGAGGAGGAAUGCUCCUGUCAGUGUGAUGUGGGCUACGGAGGGGCCGAGUGUGCAGAGAAGCUCAGCUUCCCAUUCCAGCACUGUGAGGUUACAAUAGACGGAGUCUGCUUCAUGGUGUCCCCUGAGACAGAAACCUACUAUGGAGCAAAGAGCCAGUGCCUGGAGCAUGGCGGUGUUCUGGCCCAGAUCCACCACCAGAAGGUCCAGGACAUCCUGGCAUUCUACCUCAGCCAGCUGGAGACCAGUAACGAGGUCACCAACCCGGACUUUGAGACCAGGAACUUCUGGAUUGGUCUGACAUACAAACCAGGGAAGGAUUCGUUUCGCUGGGACACAGGAGAGGCAGCCACCUUCAGCAGCUUUGCCUUUGGACAGCCAGACAACCAGGGCUUUGGCAACUGUGUGGAGCUUCAGGCAUCCAGUGCCUUCAACUGGAAUGACCAGCGCUGCAAAACACACAACCGAUAUAUCUGCCAGUAUGCUCCGGAGCACAUUGCCUUGUGGGAGGCCGGCCGGUAAAGGAGCCUCCGCUGAAGGGGUUCACAGUGGGGUCACAGGGAGGUCAAAAGCUGAAGGAAGGUCUAUCUUAAACAGUACUCUUAGUUGAUCAUGUACAUACUGGACUACCUGCACAUGUGGGGGUUGUAAUAAAGCAAACCCACCAUUAGUUGUGGUCUCCACACAGAGCCAAUCAGAAACAGGACACCUGUGGACAUAAACUACUUUUGAGCCCCAUAGUUCUGUUCUGUUUUGUUAGAAAGUUGUUUCAUCGGCCCUUAUAUUUUAUAUUUGUCUUUGUCUAUUGUUAUGCAUGUAAUGUCACCAUCCCCCAACGGUCACAUCCAUGCAUCGAGAGCUGCAUAGGCCAAUUGUUGUUGCUUUCAAUCUGAUACAAAGUGCUUAGAAACUGAAUAA